CGAUCAUUCCCGUCUCUGUCGCCUGAAUUUUCCUCCUCCUGAUACCCAAUUCCCGACGUCUGUUUGUCUUGCUGAGGUCGAUACGACGACAGAUGGGCAUUUGUAGCUCCUACCAGUCAGCGUCCGUCUCCACGGCGAAACUGAUCCACCAAGACGGACAACUGCAAGAGUUUCCCUACCCUGUAAAGGUCUCUUACGUUCUGCAAAUGAAUCCCGCAUGCUUUAUCUGCAACUCCGAUGAAUUAGGAUUCGACGACUUCGUAUCGGCUAUUAAAGAUGACGAGGAACUUCAGCCCGGUCAGCUGUAUUUUGCGCUUCCAUUGAAUAGAUUAAAGUACCCCCUCCAGAGGGAGGAGAUGGCUGCAUUGGCUGUUAAGGCCAGUUUUGCUCUCAUGAAGAGUAGCAGUGCAGAUAAAUGCAGAUACCGACUAAAAUGGGUGGUGCCGACGGUGUUUUCCGGCAAGAGGGAGGUUAAAUCAAUGUCGGAAGCGGAUUCUGGUGGUGGUCCGGGUAUGGUGGUGAGCAGGAGAAGAGGCGGUAGCUUCAGGUCAAAACUGAGUUCAAUUCCAGAAUAGACUGAAUAGUUGUAGGGACAGCUGGAGUAAAAGUGGAAUGAUACUCAGAUGGUCCUCCUGUAAAUAUAAGAAAUUUUGGCCGUUUACUCUUCAGUUCAACGAAAAGAAAAUAAUGCUGCUGCCUGCCUGUGAUUUCAAGGCAUCCAGCGUUUACUACAUAAAUUCUCCUCUGUUCACGCUUCUGGGAUAUUUUAUUUAUGCAAUUAUAUUUUUAAUCCCGGGAUGGAUGCAUAAUAAGAGAAUGAAUUGAAAGGGAAUUACAAAAGAAUAAUAUCCCAAUAAGCAAGAUUGAGUUGCUUGGUUUUGGUUGAUUAUUCUGAAAUUCGGAAGGUGGGAAAUCAGGACAUACAACGGGAUAUAACAAAUUAAAAAGGAGGACAGAUUACGAAGAGAUAGAUGAUGAUGGAUGCGAAUAAUGACCAUCAGAUUAUGGAGUAUAAGGACAAAACACCCACCACAGCACCAUUAUGGGCUACUAUAUSUUGUUCUUCCGUCUAGGUUUAUUGCAAGGACUUGAAUCAUGAUUCUCAUGAACUACUUAAUGAGAAAUGUCUUAACGGUCAAGAACAAGUAUUGUUUUGUUGAUGGUUCCGAUACAGGAUCACCACAAGAAUCGUUUUGGGUUAAAUGCAAUUCGAUGGUGAUUUUUUGGAUUUUCAAUUCAUUGGUGCGUGAACUCCUUGAUAGUA